GUAGCAAAUGGUGGACAAGUGGAGAACAAAAUGAAAUUGCCUGUACCGGUAUACUUGAGACCUCUGGAUCAGAAAGAUGCUUCUAUGAAGCUGUGGUGCGCUGCGGGGGUCGACUUAUCCGGAGCGAGAACGUUACCGGAGCUCGUGAAGCAGACAAAGGGUUCUCAGAGUAGCCUGAACCACUUAGAGCAAGAGAGCAAGGAUCCGGAGAAAGGGGAGAAGGAGCUGGUCCUCCAGGACGAGACGUCCAGUCGGGUGUGGGUCUGCACCAGCACCCACUCCUCCACCAAGGUGAUGGUGCUGGAUGCCAGUCAGCCCUCUGACCUGCUCGACAGCUUCUACGCCUGCAACACACACGUCGUCUGCAUAGCCAGCGUUCCAGGUGUGUUGGAGACUGACUAUACGGCAGCUGAGGAGGUACCUCAGGACUCGGAGGCUGUCCAGGGUGACAGGGUGUCUCUUGCCGGCAGUGUGGCCAGUGUGGGCUCUGCGGGCAGCGACGGUGCCGUGGCAACAGAGGGGACCACCGCCAUCCCGCAGACGGCCAGCGUAGGCGUCUCCGACCAGCCGGCCGAACACAGCGGCAUCUCUAGCUCAGUUGAGCUGUCCAGAGAGACGAGUCCAGCAGAUGACGGCGUUCCCGCUGCAGAAGAGGCAACAGAAGCCACGGAGGCUAACACUGGUGUGGGCGAAGAAGGAGAGGAGGAGCAGGAAGCGGAUCAAAACCAGCCGGGUAUCUACACCGAGCACGUGUUCACCGACCCACUGGGGGUGGGGCCCACUGACUCCCCCUCUGCCAACUCACAGAGGGGCUGCGGGUACGACGGGGAAUUGUUUCCAGAAGAAUCGGAGCCGUCAGACGGGGAAGUCCUGAGGAUGAGCAGCGCCCUGCCCACCAUGUGGCUGGGAGCUCAGAACGGAUGUCUGUACGUGCACUCGGCUGUGGCUCGAUGGAGGAAGUGUCUCCAUGCCAUCAAGCUGAAAGACUCCAUCCUCGGCAUAGUGCACGUUAAAGGGAGAGUCCUGGUGGCUCUGGCUGACGGGACAUUAGCAAUUUUCCACAGAAGCAUCGACGGUCAGUGGGAUUUAACCAACUACCACCUGUUGGACCUGGGCCGGCCUCACCACUCUAUCCGCUGCAUGACGGUGGUCUACGACAAGGUGUGGUGCGGCUACAGGAACAAGAUCUACAUCAUCCAGCCCAAGGCCAUGAGGAUAGAGAAGUCGUUUGACGCCCAUCCUCGUAAGGAGAGUCAGGUGCGGCAGCUGGCCUGGGUGGGGGACGGUAUCUGGGUGUCCAUCCGACUGGAUUCAACGCUACGCUUGUUUCACGCCCACACCUACCAGCACCUCCAGGACGUGGACAUCGAGCCCUACGUCAGCAAGAUGUUGGGUACGGGUAAACUGGGCUUCUCCUUUGUGAGGAUCACAGCUCUGAUGGUGUCCUGCAGCCGGCUCUGGGUGGGAACAGGAAACGGCGUCAUCAUCUCCAUCCCGCUGUCUGAAGCCAAUAAGACAACGGGAAUAGUGCCAAAUCGUCCCGGCAGUGCUGUGCGGGUUUACAGUGAUGACGGUUCAGACGGUGCCGUGCAGGGCAGCUGUGUGCCGUACUGCUCCAUGGCUCACGCCCAGCUGUGUUUCCACGGACACCGAGAUGCUGUCAAGUUCUUUGUCACCGUGCCAGGUCAGGCGAUGCCCCCUCCCGGCAGUGCAGAUUCGGGCUCUGAUGAACCCCCCUCUGAAUCCUCGGACACAGCAACCUCUGAGCCCAAAACCUUCCUUGUGAUGAGUGGAGGAGAAGGGUACAUUGACUUCAGAAUGGGUGAUGAAGGCGGGGAGUUGGACGGUUUAUCAGAGCCAGCAGCCAGCCAGCAGUCUCCGCCCACCAAGGUCGAGCGGAGCCACCUCAUCGUCUGGCAGGUGUCAAACUCUCUCGAUUGAAGAAAUAAUAAUCACAGACUGUUGGGCCGCCCACCGAACCCCUGCAUGUCCUCUUCCAAGUUUUUAAUUUGAUAUUACUGAUUGUUUUUCAUGCCUGAGUAGUUGAAUACUUUGUAAAAAAAAAAUAUUUUUAGUCCAUGUUUUGUACGGUUUAUUCUUUAUGAGUUUGAAUGAGUUGUGGUGAGGCUUGUGUUAACUUAAGGAAUCCGUCCGAGUGUUCCCCGCUGCUGGGUCGCAUGUUGGAAAAGCCGGUGCACUCUGGGAAAAAGCUGAGUUGGCGCAAAGAAAGCGGUGAGCAUAGUUUGAUCAGGUAAUGAAUGGAAGUCGUUUGUUUCCCAAAUGUUAAAAAAGGGAUCGAUAUGGAAAGUAAAAGGGAAAAGCGCUUUAAAAAAAAAAAGGGAGAAGAAAGUUGAACUGAAGUAUAUUUUAUAUUGAAC